AUGCAAAACGGCACACCAAAUGGGACCUCACUACACGAUGAACGCGUGACGCCAGUUCCCAGCGAGGACGUUCGCGCUUCUCCUCAACAAGAACUAGUGGAGACCGGUGUCGCGUUUAUGCAAACGCCAGGCGAACAAAAACUUGAUGGAAUCGUCGAUACAAACAACGAGGAGCCUCCAUCGAAGAAACGGAAGCUUACCGAGAGCAAACGCUCGACACCGCGACCGAUAUCGCCACCAUGGAAGAGAGUAGGUGUUGAAGGGCCUACGUCGUUUAUCGAAGGUGGUAGGAGAAAAUCAUCGAGAACAAAUACCAUCCCUUUGGAGCUUCAGCCGCCUUCCGCAAAGAGACAGACCCGUGGCGCCCAAACAACGCCCACUGUAUCGUCGCCUCUUUCCUCGACGCCGGUUCGCACAACUAACAAUGGUAGGAGAUCGCUUGGAGCAAAAACAGGAUCUAAUGCCACGGUGAGCAACGGCGAAAAGAUAGAGACAAGGAGGAAAUCCAGUUCGAGGCUUUCUUUAAGCGGCACCGCCAAUUUCGAGACACCGCUACCUGCUACUAGCGCGACCAAGUCGCGAACAAGGGCACAGAGCACUGCGAAAACAGCUGUGAACGGCGCUAGCUCAAGACAUACCCGUCGCAAUGCAUCCAUUUCGAACGCCGAAUCGCCGUCUGCCACUCGAGACCUCGAUACCCCUACUAAAGAAGACGCGCAUGACUACGGCGGAGAUCCUAAAGUUCCUCGACUACGGCUCAAAUUAAAGAAGGGAUCGGUCAGCGUCCAGCAACCGGAUCAUGUCGUUCGCCCAAAGAGCUAUCCCUCAUUUCGAGAUUGGGUUCACGCCGCCGAUACCCUUGCUGGCGAGAACGUGGUUGCGACGAGUGAAGAGGCUCAACAAGAGGCAAUCAAGCGGUUACGAGUUCUUGAGGCUGGAGAGCCUGGUGGCCUGCUGAGCCCUCAAGUCUGCUCUGCUUGUCUGCCAGAACCCCAGGAGGAACCUCCAAUACAGUAUUCGCACCAUGAUCACCUCGUCGCACAUGCUCUAUUUUUUCGCAAACUGCUCGACCAAGAGCAUCGGCGGCAUCGCAACACAGCUCGUCAAUUCGCGCAUUGGUGCGCCGAAGCUUGGAGAAAGAAACAUAAACGACCAGAGGAUAUACUGCGGGAACAAGUGGAGGAAACCAAAGCGAAGCGUCGACAGGUCAUUAGGGACCUCCAAAAACAAUUCGAUCUCGUUCGCGCUGAGGUGGACAGAGUUCGUCUCGCACGAUGGGAAGAGGAAAGGAAAGCAGAAAACCAACAGGCGUUGAAUCAGGCAAUCAAGCAGUCAACCAUGCUCUUUGAAAAAAGAAGACAGGAGAUUCUCGGUGUCGGAAGCGAUAUGGACACUUUCAGUGAGGAUGUUGAUGACGACGAUCAGGAGUCGGGAGAAGAGCAUGAUGAUACGGAAGAAGAUUCUUCGAUCUCCGAUGCAGAUGAGAGUAACAUGUCCUCAAGUGAAAGUGACGAUGAAAGUGAAGAUAUCGUUGAUGAUGAUGAAUACUUGACCGCAGAGGAGUUGCGAUUGAAGUAUGCGAAUAUUCCUGAUACCAAUCUUACGAACCGCGACUCCGAAUUAGAUUCCUCGAUUCGUGGCGCUUCGGUCGAUGAUGGCCGUACGGAAGGCGAUGCCACUUCAUUGAACACGUCUGUCCCUCCAUCGAUAGCGCAGCCUGAUCUCGACGAUGUUGACCCUCUUCUGCUUGACGACAGUGAUGAGUCUACCGACAUGGACGACGACAUGGGAGACUCUGAUGAUAUGAGCGACGAAGGUAGUGAAGGUGAAGAUAGUGAAGAUAGUGAAGCCAGCGAUGAUGGCCCAGGACUUCUAGGGUUCUUUUCCUCAAAAGACCGAUUGAGACCUGCCAGCACAAGGAGUCCAGAAGCCGACGCUCAUGAUGGACAGGAUUUAGAAGAGGGAAAAGAUCAUGAAAUUACCGAGAUGGAAGAUCCAGAUGAGGUCUCUCUUAUACCCACAGGCCCGGUGGAACAAGUCGAUAUAGCCGGAGCGGACAUUACCCAAGAAAAUGGUGCCAGCAAGGCCGAGUUUUCAAAGGAACAAGAAAACAAUGAAGCCAGCGUGCCAGAGCAGAUGGAUAUCGAUCCAGAAUUUCCAGCGCAGGUUGGGGUAGGUUAUCAUGAAUCACAUCAGAGCGGCGACGCCUCCAGUCAGGCUUCUCCUGGAACUGUUGCAACGAAGCCCUCAGAACCCGAGUCUAUGUCAUCAUACGAAGGACAAGGCGACAAACAGUCUGUGGCAGAAUCCAUUACUCCUGCUGGACUCAAAACACCCAUUCCGCACCUGCUUAGGGGAACCCUACGUGAAUAUCAGCACUACGGGCUGGACUGGCUUGCUGGAUUAUACACAAAUCACAUCAAUGGUAUUUUGGCAGACGAGAUGGGCCUUGGAAAAACCAUUCAGACAAUCGCUCUACUUGCCCAUCUGGCGGUAGAACAUGAGGUUUGGGGCCCGCACUUAGUCGUUGUUCCUACUAGUGUGAUUCUCAACUGGGAAAUGGAGUUCAAAAAAUGGUGCCCCGGGUUCAAGAUUAUGACAUAUUACGGCAACCAAGAGGAGCGAAAAGCAAAGCGUCGCGGUUGGACCGAUGACAGUAGCUGGGAUGUUCUGAUCACUUCUUACCAGUUGGUGUUGCAGGAUCAACAGGUUUUGAAACGAAGGGCCUGGCAUUAUAUGGUUCUCGACGAGGCUCAUAACAUUAAAAACUUUCGAUCUCAAAGAUGGCAGGCAUUGCUCACCUUUAGGACACGCGCUCGCCUUCUACUUACAGGUACACCGCUUCAGAAUAACCUGACAGAGCUAUGGUCACUUCUAUUUUUCUUGAUGCCAUCAGACGAAGACGGGGCUGGAGUGGAAGGAUUUGCAGACCUGCGAAAUUUUUCUGAAUGGUUUCGGCGGCCGGUUGAACAAAUUCUAGAGCAUGGAAGGGAAACAAUGGACGAGGAGGCCAAGCAGAUCGUUCACAAAUUGCAUACUGUUCUCCGACCGUAUCUCCUUCGACGAUUGAAAGCAGAUGUUGAGAAACAAAUGCCAGCCAAGUACGAGCAUGUGGUCACCUGUCGUUUGUCCAAGAGGCAACGAUAUCUUUACGAUGGUUUCAUGUCUAGGGCCCAGACGAAAGAGACACUGGCCUCCGGCAAUUACCUUUCCAUUAUCAACUGUCUUAUGCAGCUCCGGAAAGUCUGCAACCACCCGGAUCUGUUCGAAACGCGCCAGAUAUCUACAUCGUUUGCAAUGCCUACAUCGGUAUCAGUUGACUACGAGGUCAAAAACAAGCUUAUCCGACGGCGUCUUUUGUACCAACACCCCUUUGACAAUCUCGAUCUAGAUUUUCUUAACCUGGCGCCUGUGUCGCGGGAAGAUCUUUCCACGAGGCUGGUCCAGGACAGUAGCCGCAUAAUGGCUUUCGGUCCAUUAAAGACGUUGCGCGAACGUCAGUAUAAGCGGACGAACUGGCAGAUGGGUUUUGACGGAUCGUCCGUACGGUCUAUACUGGACUCAAUGGAUAACGCUGCAAGGAAGAAGCGAAUGAACGAACUUGAGAGCGCGCUUUACUUUGAAAGCAACCGACAUGGUAGACGUCCGGUUUGGGGAAAGAGCUUGAUCCAAUUUCUCACAAUCGAAAACCACUAUAAUGGAGUCUCAACACGCGAUUCUCGCCGAAUAUCCAAGCUCGACCAGCUAGCCAAUCAGUCAUCGGUCUUGGCUUCCAUGAUCAAUUCGAUUCAAGACAGGUCUCAAGCCAUGGAAGGUUACAUUCAAAGAUUUGGAUGCGUAACUCCUGCUGCUGUGGCUGCGGGAACUACAGAAGCUGCAAUUACCCCUGUUGAAUCGCGAUAUUUUGAUCGAAAAUUGCGGUAUGAGAACUAUGACCCCUUCCACGAAGCGCAGAUGCGUUUGUCGAUUGCAUUCCCGGACAAACGAUUGCUACAAUAUGAUUGCGGAAAGCUCCAGCAAUUGGAUAAACUACUUCGUGAACUUCAAGCAGGUGGUCAUCGUGCCUUGAUUUUUACCCAGAUGACCAAGAUGCUGGAUAUCUUGGAGCAAUUUUUGAACAUUCAUGGACAUCGCUAUCUUCGUCUUGACGGUACAACAAAGGUAGAGCAGCGUCAGAUGCUUACAGAUCGGUUCAACAACGACAAUCGUAUUCUUGCAUUUAUCCUGUCUACUCGCUCGGGUGGUCUAGGUAUCAAUCUUACUGGCGCAGACUGCGUUAUCUUCUAUGAUCUUGACUGGAAUCCUGCAAUGGACAAACAAUGCCAGGAUCGUUGCCAUCGUAUCGGACAGACGCGUGAUGUGCACAUAUACCGAUUUGUAUCCGAGUUCACCAUUGAAUCCAAUAUUCUACGCAAGGCGAAUCAAAAACGUAUGUUGGAUGACGUGGUAAUUCAAGAAGGUGGAUUUACCACUGAUUACUUCACCCGAGUCAAUGAUGCGCGUAAAGCAAUCGACGAAUGCGCCCCCGACGACCAACAAGAUGAAGCCAGUAAAGCCAUGGACCGAGUCCUCGACAACCGCGGCGGAGGCGGUCUGGCCGCUACACAUACUCGGGUCUUUGAACAGGUCGAAGAUAAAGAAGAUAUCGACGCUGCAAAGAACGCCCAGAAAGAGAUGGAGCAUGCCGAUGAUGGAGAUUUUGAGGAGGCCGGCACAACAGCGCAAACCAUGUCAGGCGCAGGCACAGGGGGCGUUGUUGAUGGGGAGAAAACUGAAGACAAAGCCGACGAAGGAGAGAUUGAACCAAAUCACAUUGAUGAUUAUCUCGUGCGAUUCAUGGAGUGGAAUCUCCGUGAUGAACCACUUGUUCUUCCGCCUGAUAAGGCUAAAAAGAAAUCUAAACGAGGAAAGGAGCACCGUGUACGGCGUCGGUAG